AUGUCCCCGUCCCUGAGAGUCCUGGUGCUGGUCCUGUCCUCUGUCCUGUCGGCACAGUCUGCUCUGGAGGACGAGGCCAGAGAGUUCCUGAGGAGAUUCGAUGAGCAAGCCUCCAAUCUGAUGUACAGCUAUUCCCUGGCAUCAUGGGCCUACAACACGGACAUCUCACAGGAGAACUCUGACAAAGUGGCUGAACAAGGAGCCAUCUGGGGAGACUUCUACGCGAACAUGUCAGCUGAGUCCGAGAAGUUUCCCAUCGCUGAAAUCAAAGACAGAGAAAUCAAACUCCAGCUCAUCUCUCUGCAGGACAAGGGCUCUGGAGUGCUGUCCCAGGAAAAGCAGGCCCAUCUUUCGAAGGUCAUGAACGAGAUGAGCACCAUCUACAGCACCGCCACCGUGUGUCUCCCGGACGACCCUUUUAACUGCCAAACGUUGGAGCCAGGUCUGGAGGACGUGAUGUUCAACAGCAAGGACUACUGGGAGCGGCUGCAUGUGUGGGAGGGCUGGAGGCAGGAGGUGGGGAAGAGGAUGAGGCCCCUGUACGAAGACUACGUGGAUCUGAAGAACGAAGCAGCCAAGCUCAACGAUUACGAGGACUAUGGUGCAUACUGGAGAUACAACUACGAAACCGUGGAGGAGGAGGAAAAGUACACCUACACCAGAGACGAGCUCAUGCACGACGUCCGGAAAAUAUACCAACAGAUCAUGCCGCUGUACAAGGAGCUCCACGCCUACGUCAGGGCCAGACUCAUGGAGGUCUAUCCUGGACAUAUCGACCCCCACGGCCCCCUCCCCGCACACCUGCUCGGCGACAUGUGGGGUCGGUUCUGGACUAACCUCUACCCUCUGUCCACCCCGUACCCCGAGAGACCGGACAUCGACGUCACCCAAGCCAUGUUGGAUCAGGGAUGGAAGGAGAUCCGGUUCUUUCAGGAGGCAGAGAAGUUCUUCAUGUCCGUGGGUCUGUACAAAAUGUACAGUAACUUCUGGAACAACUCAAUGUUUGUGAAACCGGAGGAUGGACGCAGAGUGGUGUGUCACCCAACGGCCUGGGACAUGGGCAACAGGAAGGACUUCAGAAUCAAAAUGUGCACUAAAAUCACCAUGGACGACUUCCUGGUGGUGCACCACGAGAUGGGCCAUAACCAGUACCAGAUGGCGUACCAGAACCGGUCGUACCUGCUGCGAGACGGGGCCAACGAGGGUUUCCAUGAGGCUGUGGGGGAGAUCAUGUCUCUGUCUGCGGCCACGCCCUCGCACCUGCAGAGUCUGGGGCUCCUGGGGGCCGACUUCACCUAUGACAACGAGACGGAGAUAAACUUCCUGUUGAAGCAGGCGCUCAGCAUCGUGGCCACACUGCCCUUCACGUACCAGCUGGAGGAGUGGAGGUGGCAGGUGUUUGCUGGAAACAUCUCCAAAGAUCAGUGGAUGAAGACCUGGUGGCAGAUGAAGAGGGAGAUGGUGGGGGUGGUGGAGCCAGUGCCUCAUGACGAGACGUACUGCGACCCCCCAGCUCUGUUCCACGUGUCCGGAGACUACUCCUUCAUCAGAUAUUUCACCAGGACCAUUUAUCAGUUCCAGUUCCAGAAGGCUCUGUGUGACGCAGCGGGACACAAGGGAGACCUGUCCUCAUGUGACAUCACCAACUCUACUGAUGCCGGGACCAAGCUCAGGGAGAUGCUGGAGUUGGGUCGGGCCCAGUCCUGGACUCGGGCUUUAGACACUAUCUCUGGACACACACGGAUGGACGCGCAGCCGCUGCUCGACUACUUCCACAAACUAGAAGUGUGGCUCAAAGAAGAGAACAGGAAACAUGGCAGGACUGUGGGCUGGGACCCCUCCAUCGACCCCUAUUCAGCAAGCGGCAUCAAAGUGAGGAUCAGUUUAAAAGCAGCGCUGGGCGACAAUGCUUACCAGUGGAAUGACAACGAGCUGUUCCUGUUUAAAGCUAACAUCGCCUACGCUCUGAAGCAGUACUACCAGCUCCAGAAGAACAUCACCAUCAAGAUCACCUCACAGGACGUCGACACCUUUGACGAGACGCCCAGGAUCUCCUUUUACAUUGCGGUGAAGAAUCCAGCUGCUGCAAACCAGUAUUUUCCCAGGGAAGAAGUGGAAGAAGCCAUAAGGAUGUCUCGCGGGAGGAUAAAUGACGCCUUCCAGCUCAGCGACAGCACCCUGGAGUUUGUGGGUGUGCCCCCGACGCUGGCCCCACCCGUAGAACAGCCGGUGGAGGUGUGGCUUGUGGUGUUUGGCGUCGUCAUGGGGAUCGUGGUCAUUGCCGGCAUCUUCCUGGUGGUGUCUGGCAUCAGAGAGCGGAGGAAGAAAUCAAAGGACGCCGUGGUGGAGAAUCCUUACACCUCUAACGGAAUCUCCAACAAAGGCUUUGACAGCGAGAACGAGCAGACGGGAUUUUAA